AUGGGGAAUUGUUUAAGUUGUUGUGGAAAAGAUAACAAUAAUAUUAGAAGAAAUAAUAAUUUAAUAGAAAGAAGACAGCCACUUCCUUUUAUUAAAGGAAUACCUCCUCCUCCACCCCCAGCACUUUUAUUACAAAAACAUUUUGCUAUUCACGAACUUGGAAAGCAAAUACUUAAUUCUUCUUCUUUUUCCUCUUCUUCUUCUCCAACACACCCAAAUGCAAUACUUAAAUCUGUUAAAAGUAAUAGUUCCCCUUCUUCAACAAUUUUAAGUAAUGGAGGAGGAGGUUAUGGAAGUUCUACUACUAAAAGUAUUAGCCAAAAUAGUAAUAAUACAAAUUGUUAUAUUACUCAAAAAAAUAAAAAUAUUGUUACAACAACUCCUUUGGCUACACAAAAACAACAAAAUGAUAUUGGGGGAGGAAUUAAUAAUUUAUUUGUUGCACUUUUUGAUUAUUGUAAAAAAUUAAUUUUUUUGAAUAUCUGA